CUUCCAUCGUUUCAAUUGCAUCUCUAACUUCACCUCUUCGUCAUGAGUGUCUCGUAUUCCAGCCUCGUUUUGUGCCUUUUCCUGAGUGCCCUUGUUGCUGUCCAGUCCGGUAUUAUUACCAGCCAUCCCGACGAGCUAAUCAGUGCUCCUGCCCAAUAUGAGUUCCACUACUCUGUCCAUGACAGCCACACUGGCGAUGUGAAGGAUCAGUUCGAGCACCGACGUGGCGAAUAUGUGACGGGUCGCUACUCUCUGAUCGAACCCGAUGGCCAUCGUCGCAUCGUGGACUACACCGCCGAUCCGCUGUUGGGUUUCAAUGCCCAGGUUCGUCGGGAGCCACUUUCUCGCUAUUGACAUGGUUUCCCCAGAGCCAGGACAACAGAUAUUCUCAGCUGA